AUGUUUAAACAAUCAAUUCCAAAAUUCACAUUCAGAAGAUUUGCAUCUCAUUAUGCCCCAACAAAACAUUUAAAAGAAGUAGCUUAUAAAUCAAAUCCAACAAAGGGAAAAGAUUUUAUAAAUAAUUAUGAAGCAAAAGUUCAUCAUUCAGAAUCUAUAACAAAUUUAUGGAAAAAAUUAACUUAUAUUGUAGCAAUUCCUGCAAUCUUGUUAACUGCUAUUCCUGUGGGAAAAGUUGAAAUGGAUCAUGCUAAACAUCGUGAACAUACUAAACAUUUAAGUGAUGAUGAAUGGCCUACUCAAUAUGAUUAUCAAAAUAUUAGAUCAAAACCAUUUUUUUGGGGUGAUGGUGAUAAAACUUUAUUUUGGAAUUCUGAUAUUAAUAGACAUGUUCAAAAAGAUUAG